UCACUCAACUCGAAGACCAGCAGACCAGCCCAAGUACUCACAAGAAAACCCUCGCUGUCUCUACCUCCGUCACGUCGCGCGACCGCCGUUUUUGGCUACACACUCGCCCGUCGCCGGCGAAGAUGAUGCCGUCGGAGCUCCAGCCUCGGUCCUUCCGCCCGUAUAUCUCCUCCUCUGUCAGCGCGCCGACAUUCUCCUCCCACGACAACGGAUCGCCGCCCUACUCCCAUGCCCCUCACGGCUCUAGCCCUAGCUCCGGCGAUUUCUCCGGCGGGGGAUCCCGAUCGGCGAAAUCGUCGUCUCGUUUCGCUCCUUCCACCUUCUCUCACAACGCCCGCGUCGCCAUCGCCCUCGUCCCCUGCGCCGCCUUCCUCCUCGACCUCGGCGGCACGCCGGUGGUCGCCACCCUUACUCUCGGCCUGAUGGUCGCCUACAUCCUCGAUUCCCUCAGCUUCAAGUCUGGCUCCUUCUUCGGCGUCUGGUUCUCUCUCCUCGCAGCUCAGAUCGCCUUCUUCUUCAGCUCUUCGCUGAUCUCGACGUUCAAUUCGUUGCCUCUCGCGCUUCUCGCGGCCUUUCUCUGUGCGGAGACAAACUUUCUGAUUGGUGUGUGGGCGUCGCUUCAGUUCAAGUGGAUUCAAAUUGAGAAUCCUUCGAUUGUGCUCGCGCUCGAGCGGCUUAUCUUCACUUGCGUGCCAAUUGCAGCCUCGGCACUCUUCACUUGGGCGACGGUGUCCGCAGUUGGUAUGAACAAUGCUGCAUAUUAUCUAAUGACGUUCAAUUGCGUAUUCUAUUGGCUUUACUCGAUCCCUCGAGUAUCGUCUUUUAAAGCUAAACAGGAGUUGAAGUAUCAAGGUGGAGAGGUUCCAGAUGAUAAUUUGAUCCUCGGGCCGCUUGAGAGUUGCAUUCACACACUGAAUUUGCUCUUUUUCCCUUUUCUCUUUCACGUUGCAUCGCAUUACUCUGUGAUUCUCUCCUCAGCUGCUGCAAUUUGCGAUUUGUUUCUGCUUUUCUUUAUCCCUUUUUUGUUUCAACUGUAUGCGUCGACAAGGGGUGCACUUUGGUGGGUGACAAAGAAUACCCAUCAGCUGCAAAGUAUUCGCUUGGUGAAUGGUGCAAUAUCGUUGGUGGUGGUUGUGAUUUGUUUGGAAGUAAGAGUUGUUUUUCACUCUUUCGGGAAGUACAUUCAGGUUCCCCCGCCAUUAAAUUAUCUUCUUGUAACAACUACAAUGCUCGGAGGGGCUGCUGGUGCUGGUGCUGGUGCUCUCGGUAUGGUUUCUGAUGCUUUUAGCUCAGUGGCUUUCACUGCUUUGGCUGUAAUCGUCAGUGCUGCUGGUGCAAUAGUUGUGGGAUUUCCUAUAAUGUUUCUUCCAUUGCCAUCAAUCGCAGGCUUCUAUUUUGCUCGAUUUUUUACUAAGAAGAGCCUCCCGUCGUACUUUGCAUUUGUGGUUCUUGGAAGCUUAAUGGUUGCAUGGUUUAUUAUGCAUAAUUUCUGGGAUCUGAAUAUCUGGAUGGCCGGCAUGUCAUUGAAAUCCUUUUGUAAACUCAUUAUGGGAAGUGUUGUUCUGGCCUUGACAGUUCCUGGUUUGGCUCUUCUGCCAUCAAAACUGCAUUUUCUGAUUGAGGUUGGCUUAAUCAGUCAUGCCCUGCUUCUAUCCUACAUUGAGAAUCGGUUUUUCAGUUAUUCCAGCAUAUACUAUUAUGGGUUUGAGGAAGAUGUUAUGUACCCGAGCUAUAUGGUAAUAUUGACAACUUUUCUGGGUUUGGCUUUGGUGAGAAAACUGUCUGCAGAUCAUCGUAUUGGACCAAAGGCGGUUUGGGUAUUGACUUGCUUGUACUCUUCAAAGCUAGCCAUGCUGAUCAUUGCAUCAAAAUCUGUUGUCUGGACAUCAGCUGUCCUGCUGCUGGCAAUAUCUCCUCCUUUGCUUCUUUACAAGGAUAGGUUCAGAACUGCUCCAAAAAUGAAAGCCUGGCAAGGCUAUGCACAUGCUGGAGUAGUUGCUUUAUCAGUUUGGUUUUGCCGUGAAACAAUUUUUGAAGCCCUCCAAUGGUGGAGCGGAAAAGCUCCAUCUGAUGGUUUACUUUUGGGUUUCUGUAUUGCCUUGACAGGAUUGGCUUGUGUACCUAUCGUUGCUCUCCACUUCUCGCAUGUCAUGCCUACUAAGAGAUGCCUAGUCCUCAUUGUGGCUACUGGUCUGCUGUUUAUCUUGAUGCAGCCCCCAAUCCCUCUGUCGUUGACUUACCGAUCUGAAUUAAUUAGAGCUGCCCGUGAAUCUGCUGAUGACAUUUCAAUCUAUGGAUUCGUGGCACCGAAGCCCACAUGGCCAUCAUGGUUGCUUAUUGCAGCUAUUUUGCUCACUCUUGCUGCUGUAACAUCCAUCAUACCCAUUAAAUACAUUGUUGAGUUGAGAACGUUUUACUCAAUAGCCAUGGGAAUUGCUUUGGGCAUCUACAUAUCAGCAGAGUACUUCCUCCAAGCUGCUGUCUUGCAUGCCCUAAUUGUUGUAACUAUGGUUUGCACUUCUGUACUUGUGGUGUUCACCCAUUUUCCAUCUGCUUCGAGCACAAAGCUCUUACCAUGGGUGUUUGCGCUACUUGUUGCUCUCUUCCCAGUGACUUAUCUGUUGGAGGGCCAGAUGAGAAUUAAAAAUAUCCUUGGAGAUGGUGCUAUUGGUGAAAUGGAAGAGGAAGAGAAGAAAUUUACUACUUUAUUGGCUGUUGAAGGUGCAAGGACAUCUCUUCUUGGCCUGUAUGCAGCGAUCUUCAUGCUCAUAGCAUUGGAGAUAAAGUUUGAAUUGGCCUCAUUGAUGCGGGAAAAAGCUGUUGAAAGGGGUGGGAUCAGACAGUCUCGAUCUGGCCAAAGUAGCUCUGGUACUUUCCCUCCUAGAAUGAGGUCCAUGCAGCAUCGACUUGCAUCUAAUGCUCCGACCUUCACUGUCAAGAGAAUGGCUGCUGAGGGAGCUUGGAUGCCCUCGGUUGGGAAUGUUGCCACUGUGAUGUGCUUUGCCAUAUGCUUAAUCUUGAAUGUCAAUCUCACGGGUGGCUCAAACCGUGCCAUUUUCUUUCUGGCACCUAUUUUGCUUCUCCUCAACCAAGAUUCUGAUUUCAUCGCCGGAUUUGGGGACAAGCAAAGGUACUUCCCUGUCACAGUAGUUAUAUCAGGAUACUUGGGCUUGACUGCCUUGUACAACAUAUGGGAGGAUAUUCGGCAUGGGAACCCAGGUUGGGGGCUACACAUCGGUGGGCCAGAUUGGUUCUUUGCGGUGAAGAAUGUGGCACUUCUAAUUCUUACUGUUCCCAGCCACAUUCUUUUCAACCGGUUUAUUUGGAGUUACAGAAAGCAGAACGACACCAUGCCAUUACUUGCGGCCCCUCUUAAUCUGCCAUCUAUUUUGAUAAGUGACGUGCUUAAGAUUAAGAUAUUGGGUUUGUUAGGUAUAGUGUACUCCUUAGCCCAGUAUCUAAUUUCUAGACAGCAAUACAUAUCUGGUCUGAAGUAUAUUUAGGCUCAUACAUGUUUUUGUACCAUAUGAUUUGGCAAUUUUCAAAGGAGAUGUGAAAGGUCAAUUUCUUUCCACUUUUCUUCAUUGGGGGUUUUGAUGCCCCAUAAUUGCCAGAACAGUGUGAAUCCCUGAGUUAUGAUAGCUUUCCUUGUUACUCUUGAAA